UGGGUUUUAUAUUGCUAUUUGGAAUUUUUCUAUUCUUGUUUGGUGUAUCUGCCGAGCUAACUGAAUUUUCUACUGACGACGAUCAUCAUCAUCAUCAUGUUGAUCUUCCGAAGGAGAAUGCCUUUAUUGAUGCUAUUUAUAUGCGGUUUGGGCAUGAUGGAGUCAAAAUUGAUGAACAUGGAUUUGAGGAGAUAUUGAAACAGUUAAAAAUAGGGAAGAUAUCUGAAGAUGAACACGAGGGCCAUGGGCACAAUGAAGAAGAACAUGAAGGGCAUGCUCAUGACUCGCAUGAUGAUGAGCACCUAAGACGCAGCUCAGGUGGUUUGACUACCAGGGACAACAUUAAAUCUGACUUUGCUGAUAGCCAUGAUGAGGAACAUGUACACGAGGACAAGCGAAAUGUUACAACAAAU